UCACUGGUCGCGAGGUUACGUAACAGUCGAGUUACAUAACCUAGCCUGACUCACUGACAGUCGUCUUGUUGUUGCAGACAUAUCAACAUCAACAUGGUGUCCUGGCUCUUCUGUACACUCCUGGUCACUCCUUUCCUCCUGGCUGCAGCUGAGGAAAGGAGAGCCAUCGUGAUCUUGAAGGGAGACCCAGGGGUGUCAGGCAAUGUGACGUUCAGCCAGGCCGAGGACGGAGGUCCGGUCACGGUCAGAGGUACAGUCAGUGGUCUGAGCAAGGGAAAGCAUGGCUUCCACAUCCACGAGAAGGGCGACCUCAGCACAGGCUGCAAGUCCACCGAGGGCCACUUCAACCCCGACAAGAAAAACCACGGAGGACCCAACGACGAAGUGAGGCAUGCAGGAGAUCUGGGCAACAUCUUCGCAGAGGAUAACGGUGUUGCGGACAUCAUGAUCACCGACUCUGUGAUCUCGCUCGCGGGCAAAUACAGCAUCAUAGGGCGCGCUGUCGUCGUGCACUCUGAUGCUGAUGAUCUGGGACGCGGAGGCUUCAGCGACAGUCUGACCACGGGCCACGCCGGCACUCGUGUCGCUUGCGGUGUCAUCGGAAUUCAGCACCCUCCAGGAGCAUGGAUGCAGGGAUCCUCAGCCGCCACCAGCCCGCUACUCAGCACUGCUGCUCUCGCUGCUACUCUCGCCUCUACUCUCGCUGUUAGAUUACUCAUCUGAGUCUCGACGUCAGCACGCUAAGUCUGUGAUGAGGACAAAUCAAAAUUACCAAUCUAGUGUUUUAAGCUAAUACUAAGUAUUAGACUAUUAUUUAUCCAAAUAUGUGGAACUUGUAUUUAAUAUUAUUAAUUAUUUAAUUAGAUGUACAAAAGUAAUAUUUUUCAUUAAUUUUAUAUGUGACGGAAAAUGUUAUGUAAGUUAUUUCUAUUCUAGCUGUGACCAAUAAAAGUUGUUGAUAUUGAAUGUUAGUAUGAGUGUGAUUUGCAAAUAAACGUUUGUAAAUUUUAAA